AUGGGUGUUCCAGCUUGUUCCCGAUGUCGGCUAACAGGCAGCCUUUACGAUCCAUCCGUUGUCGGGAUUGGAGCUCUUCCUCCGGGUUGCCCUGCCGGUGUGGCGUUGGACAUCGAUUUCGAAGCGUAUUUGUGUCUGGGAGGUGAAGCCCUUCAAGCGACUUGCAGCAACAGCUCUGCGGUAAGCUACCUGAGGAGACGACCUUGGAUCCUUUUGGAUGGUUUUACGUCUAGACAGGAAGUAGGAGUUUGCCUAGUGAGCGAGUGCGAGACUUGCGAUCUACAGUCCCUUGCCGCAAGAGUCGCAGACGUGCUGAUCCGUGAAGCGGUGAAACCAACAGACCCACGACUCGCUCGUCAUCUUCCUGAGGUGUCGUCGUCUCACGUCAAAGCCAGCUGGCAGCGACCUGUGUUGGAUUGUGCGGCAGAGGUGCAGCAUCGCUGGGCAGAGCUGCAGCGGUUCCAUGGCAUACUUGAGAGUGACUUCAAGUCGUGCCGGUCAGCGGGCGACAGAUACUUUUGGACUACCUGGAGCUACAUCACAGAUGCAGCGCCCACGCCAACUGGAUAUUUGAACUUCGAGUGUCAACUGAUUGAAAGUCCGUUGGGGCACGGUCCACUUGUCUAUCGGGGCCUUAUGUGUAAGGAUGUUGAAGGGCGCUUUGAUGACGUGUUUGUCACGGGAUACUGCUUGCCAACUUCCUGCAGUGGCCCUCCUCUGGAGCACUUCUUCGGGCCUGUGCGCCAGCUGUCAGUUCUUGAGUUUACUCCUGACUUGCAGCCAUGGUGGGCCAGGCUUUAUGAAAGCAAGUCUGCUGACCUCACGCAACCUCGACUUGUCGUAGGAACAUGCCUUGCCGCAGGGACGGGCUUCCGGAUGCUUCGCUGGCUUCUCCACAGAAUCCUCAACCCAAGCCCAAGUAGUGAUGGUGAAACUGACCGCAACCCAGUCGUCCCACGCAGGUUGUUAGUUCCCGACUUGUUGCGCAUCGUUGCCGUUGUGGCAACUCUCCAGUGCCAUACGGAUUUCUCGAACAAGUGGCUCAAGACCUUAAUGUCUUGGCUUCAGUUUGGAAUUUUCUUCGCAAUAAGUGAGUUCCUCGCAGCAAGGCGUCAAGAGUCCGCAUCGGCCCUGGUCCACUGCUCAAGGCUCUGGCGCAAAGGCAGUCGGGAGUUGCCCCAUUUGGCUUUGACGGUUUGGGCUUGGAGUGGUGCCUUCCUAGCUGGUGACUGGACUGGUCAUCUUUUCCAGCGAGUGCCGGGUUUCACUUCCGCGUUCUACCUCGGUGCACAGAACUGCAUGAGGAGCCUCCAUCAGAGAGGCUUCUUGGCAGAGCUGUUUCACCUCCCUAUUUAUUUCGUUGGUGCGGAAGCAGCUCAUUGGAAGCCCUGUGGCUCUUGGUUGGUGAGGAUGGACUUUCAACUGGAAGUUGCCUUGACUUCGCUGCAGCUGGUCGAAGGCCUGCUCGGGUUUGCUCCCCGUCUUUUUGCAGAAGUCUUUAUGGCUUUUGCCGCAAUGGCCCACAUGGUACAUAUGACUGUCAUCGAAACGGAGGCAUUGGGGCUUGUUCGAGGUAGUUUUACUUUCGCUUGGAUCAUGAGGAGAUCCUUGAGCCUCCACGCGAGAAUGUUCAGACUUUCGUCCCCAAUACACGCCUUGGGCUUGGCCACCGCGUUCCUCGCGGUAGCUAUCGCAACCUGCACAAAAUUCGUGUCACUACCCCAUGUGGUUCGCAAGGCGUAUCCCCACCUGCCAGAAGAUCAGCUCAAAACUCAGCUCUUGAUGGAAGAGGCAAAGCUUGGGUUGUUGGGUACACUGGCCUUGCCUCAUGCCGCACUGCUCCUUCUCCAUUCCAGUGAGUUCAUCGAGGCGAGGUGUAGCUUCCUCAAGCCUGUGCUUGGCCCGCUCUGUAGAUUCUUGGGCCCUCUCUGUUUCGGCGUGCUUCUGAACCAUGGCUUCCUGGCUUUUGCAAGCUGGGAGUUUAUUGGCAAGUUGCCAGAAACCACUCUAGAAUUGCCUGCUGUAUUGCAGGCACCUGGGCGUGCCAGGAUGACUUUGUUUGUCAUUUAUGUACUGGCAUGCUAUGUGGUUGCUUGGGUGACUGAGCGGCUGCUGGCGUCUCCAAUCACAGACUGCUUAAACUUAAUUUGGGAAUUGCUUGUGCGACUUCUCACACGUAGCGCAGCCGUGGCGUUCCAGCUCACAAAGAGACGCAUAGAGUCCAGAAGUAACACGUGGGACAUUAUUCUACAAAGCUUCUACAGAUGCGUGUUUGGCAGGGAAGGUGUGGUGCAAGUGCCGGUUCGUGGGGUUUGGUAA